GUUAGAAAUGCAAAAAACCCACCUACCCCUCUCUCUCUCUCUCUCUUGUACUCUUGUUGGUUCACUGAAUAAGUUAGAGCCAUUAGCUUACUUUUCUUAGGUUCUUGAACCUCAGUCUCUUUGUUUUGUUGGUUCAGUGAGGAAGUUAGAGCCAUUAGCUUCCCUUUCUUAGGUUGUUGAACUUAACUUUGAUCUAUAUUUUGUUUAUUUAUUUUUUUCUUCUUGUGUGAAUCUUCUGUUCAUGAAAACAUGAAGAGUAGGGGUCGAUGUAAAAUUGAGAUGAAGAGGAUAGAGGAUGUCACUAGGAGUCAAGUGACAUUCUCUAAGCGUAGAACUGGCUUGGCUAAGAAAGCCCAUGAAGUCUCCGUCCUCUGUGACGUUGAUAUCGCUUUUGUAGCUUUCUCCCCUUCCUCUCGGUCUGUACACCUCUUCAGCCACAAGAGGUUUGAGGAUGUGCUCAACCGGUACAUAAAUCUACCUACCGACAAAAGGAAUUAUAAAGUAAGGAAUCCAGAGGAAAAGCUUAAAGAGCUUGAAAGGAUAGAGAGUGAAGAAGAGAGAGUCGCAGUUGUGCAGAACCAGGUCGAACGUCUCCAACAAGAAUUAAGGAGAUUGAAAACAACGCUAGAAAUUGAAGAGGCAGAAGCUAGCAAUUUCCGGCCUGGCCUCAAGAUUCAAUCUCUAAGUGAAGCUUUGUGGCGAGAGCAAUACUUAGAAGCCAGUUUGAAAACAAUCAGACAGAAAAAACAAGAGAUGAUGAUGAGGAGCACAAAUUUAAUCCCAUACGGUCAAGCAAGCUUCAUUCAGUCAAUGGAGAUGAACCAAAAUGGUCAGAGUCAGCCUUGGUAUGGGUUGUUUCCCACUGGUGAUCAGCAGGAAGUGAACGGGGGAUCAAGUUCCAUGCUUACUGAAAAGGAACUCAUACUGCAAAUGGACCCUUGGCUCAAUGGCAACUUAUAUCAAAGGGUUAACUGGGGGGAACCUCUUUGGCUUGGAGGAGUAGUACAAAAUAAUCAUCAUCAGGAGGCAAUGGGAAUGAAUGGAAUGGGAUUAAUUAAUGAUAAUGAUGUUAAUCAGAAUCAUGAUGCUACCAACAAUAUUCAUGACAUCAUCAAUUUCCCUACACCUCUAGCGUUUACAAACAAUAUCAAUCCUCCAGAUGAUCCAAUGGUAGUGGCACCUCCUCCUCCUCCUAUGGUGCCAAUUGAUAAUAUUAACAAUAAUAUUCCAAUUGUGCUGCCAAAUCACCAAAUGCCCAGCUCCUCCGACGCCGCCUCCUCCUCCUCCUCCUCCUCCUCCUUCAUGACAUUGCUUAAUGGUGAUUUGCAAGCACAGUUGAACCCACAACAACCACCAGGAGGAAUGUUUGAUAGUUUUUCAAACAACCUAAACUGGCAACAAGCAGGUGUACCAGGAGCACCCAUGUUUAAUACAGAAGAUCAAAUGAAUUGGUUUCCAAAUGCUCCUACUACUUAUGGCCAGAAUCUGAAUGUAUUAGGAAUUCCCAUUCCUCCAAGCACGGUUCCAUCGUCAUCACUCUAUGACCCGAGUUAUGCACAAAUGGGAUUACAUGUGGAUCCAUUCAUUAGGAUGUUUAUGGACCAACAAGUCAACAGCCACAGUACUGGUAAUAACUCCAACCAGGCUAUCCAAAACCAGGAGACGACACCACUACCACUACCACCACCACCACCAGCAGCAGCAGCAGCAGCAGCAGCAGGAGGUCAAGCUGAAGGAUCAUCGUUACCAUCAAACAAUUCAACUGAUACUGAGAUGCCAGAGGAAGCCAUUGAGGAGAUGAUCAACAGCAUGCUGAUGACUCCAGAAAAUGAGGAAAAGGAGGAGAUAAACUAUGGAUUUGAAGAAGAAGAAAGAAUCAUCACUAACCCAGAGAAUAUGGUGGCGACCUUGGAGGAAUUAGGGAUUAUAUUUGAUGAUUAGUACUGCAACAAAUUAAAGACUCUUUAUGUCAUGUUACUAUGGUAUAUAGUUAGUCAUUUUGUUUCCAUGGAUCAUUAACUUAUGGUUGCUAUGGUAGAAUACAGGCUACAUAGUGUAGCUCAAACUAUGCACUUUUAUAUUCUCUCUAUCUCUCUAGAAAGAAAAGAAAAGAAGAAGAAGAAGAAGAAGAAGAAGAAGGAAAAGGAUUCAACAUCCGUCCUUAUAGAAUCAACAGCUGAACAAUGGUUGCCUUCAAAGCCUAUUUAUGGGCAAUUGAAAUUAUCCACCUAAUGUAGACACCGAAUUUUGUCCCCUAACAAUGAUGAAUUACAAACGAGGGCAAAGCUUGUAUUCUCUCUA